AUGUUUGCAUUUGAUACUUUGUUAUGGGCGGUUUUGGAGAGAGCCGAUAGGUAUCAGGGCUGGAGAAGAGAGAGACAGCGGCAUCUAUAGUGGAUCCUGGGAAGCAGUGGCAGAGUUGCGUGGGAGAAAAGGAAACGGUGCGAGGAGGAAGAAAAAAAAAGAGAGUUUCCGGUGGAGAAUAGUGGAGGCCGCACGUGCCCUGAAAGAAAAAAGAAAGGAAACAAAAUUGGUGAUCGUGGAGACGACGAUCCCACCAAGACAUCAGCGGCAGGCAUCAACAUCAGCAGAAGCGGCGGACCGCGGCAGCAGCAGCCCGGUACUGGCCAGGCCGGAAAACUGGUGCGAGGACCGUCAGCGGAGCAUCGGCACCAAGGAACCGUCAGCGGAGCACCGACUGGAGACACGUUUCUGUCCCCACACACCAACCCCCCCGGGGAAAGAAUCCGGACUUCAAAGCCGAAAUAAACCCACACGAAUCAAUGUCACACACCUUCAUCCACCCACAUCACACCCAACCCACGCAUGUAUACCCUCAUUCAUAACACAUCACAUAACAUCACCACAUUUCACACAUCUACACCCGUCCGACCUACAAUUAAACAAUAUAUCACGAUCAUAUAAAAAAAACACCACGAUUAAACGUAAACAUCAGCAAGCAUCAGGAAGCAACAACUUCUAUCAAAGGGGGCUGCCAAUUCGGCCGAAAUAGGGUUUAUUUUUUUUGUGUUAGUAUUUGUUUCUGUUCAGGCCAGCAAUGGACAGUUUCCGGGCACUGUGCCGGCUCCGCGCGCCUCGGUCCCGGCUCGCGCUCGCGCGCUCGGAGGGGCGCUCGGAUCCACAAUCCACGAUCCACACGGCGCUCACGGCAGCACAAAGGCAGCAUAAAGCAUAGAGCAUAAGGCAUAGAGAGUUAGUUACGUUUUCACCCCCGCUUCAACCUGUCGACAUACCGCGCGAAUACCGAAACAAUACAUGAACAAUAUAUAUAUACAUAUACACACAACGAAACCCAUCGGCCUUUCCUUUCUGUGACGACUGCUAGGAGGGUUACUGGAACAUACACCUCGCCGUUGGAUAAUUGAUCCUCGAUCCGCCCCACUACAAACAUUGGUCCUUCGAGCCGGAUCUUCGCCUUCCCCAUAAGGAGAAGCUCACCCCAGCCAGCAUCGGCGGAUCGCUCCAAGUUUCCAUCCUCAUCCAGACAUGGCCCCACGGAUCCGCGCCAGCCGCACCACGGAGAGCCGGCGUGAUCGAGGGAUCAACUCGUACCGUUGCCGGGUCUGCCGAGGAAUUCAUCCGCUACGGACCUGUCACCAUUUCCUUCGCCUGAGCCCUGAGAAGAGACUCCGAGCUGUCCUCAUUAACAAAUAUUGCGGGAACUGCCUGGCCCACCAACACUCCGGCCAGGAUUGUCGCAGUGGCGGGCUGUGCCGGGUGUGUGGAAAAAACCACCACACUCUACUCCACAUACCCUCGUCGCGUCGUCCAGUCCGCUCGGCCUCAGGAGCAUCGUCGCCAUCUACAGCGCCCCACGUCAAACGCCGACCUCGGCGUCCAGCCCGCUCAGCCUCGGCUGCAUCGUCGCCAUCCACGUCGGCCCACGCCGACCGCCGCCCGCGUCUCCCCGUGAGCCGCCCCGUGGCAGGGCCCCCGGCACCAUCCGUCGACUCCUUUCUACAACAUCGAAGCCUCAUCCUACUCCCGACGGCGCUGGUGGUCUUGGAUACGGGUUCCAAAAACUUCGAGACGGCGGCGCUCAUCGACCCAUGCACGCCGGUGAGCUGUAUUGACGACUCCUUGGCCAGCGCCUUCAAGUUGCCCACCACUUGUGUGGGGGACGAGAAAGUGUGUACGGCGGUGAUCCGCGCCAAAAUGGGCGACUUCCAAUUGGAGACGAUGCUCAAGGUCGAGCCCCGUGUGCGCAUCCGCACGCCUAUCCGACAGCUGAGCGAUUCCGUGCGGGCGCGUUUCGGUGACCUGAGGCUUGCCGAUGAACAAUUCCAUCGACCGGCGACAAUCUCGCUCAUCUUGGGAGCAGAUGUCUACCCGAAGGUGAUCCAGCCCGGGUUCCUUGCGCGUGAGGACGGCCUGCCGGUGGCCCAGAGCACCGUUUUUGGAUGGAUCGUGUCGGGGGCGUGCACCCAGCCAUAGGCCACCCCAUUAUACUUUGCAAUCCUGCAAGGGGGGGGGAGGAUGUUCAGGCCAGCAAUGGACAGUUUCCGGGCACUGUGCCGGCUCCGCGCGCCUCGGUCCCGGCUCGCGCUCGCGCGCUCGGAGGGGCGCUCGGAUCCACAAUCCACGAUCCACACGGCGCUCACGGCAGCACAAAGGCAGCAUAAAGCAUAGAGCAUAAGGCAUAGAGAGUUAGUUACGUUUUCACCCCCGCUUCAACCUGUCGACAUACCGCGCGAAUACCGAAUCAAUACAUGAACAAUAUAUAUAUACAUAUACACACAACGAAACCCAUCGGCCUUUCCUUUCUGUGAAGACUGCUAGGAGGGUUACUGGAACAUACACCUCGCCGUUGGAUAAUUGAUCCUCGAUCCGCCCCACUACAAACAGUUUCCGUUAUAUAAACCUAGAUUAGGAAUUAAUGUUCAAGAAGAUAAGUAAGAAAAUAUAAUGGAUAUAAAAAUGAAAAUUUGAAAAGAGUCAUGAGUGAAUAGAAAACGGUAGUUGGGUGGGACGAGAGCGAGAAGAAGAGUGGGACCCUGCUAGGGAUAACGAAACCAACUAUCCCCGCUGACGAAAGUGCCAACGAAGACAAGUCUGUCCUAUAAAUUAGAUUUGUUUUUUUUGUAUGUUUUUUUGUUUUUGUUUUGUUCAAUCCGUCCCCUGACUUAUCGGGUCGGAAACACCCCUGACUUCCCCGUGAGCUAGCUGGGAACGAUAGGCCAGGGUGGCAAAGAGGCGGAUCAUAACAAAUG